CUUGUCGUUGACCACGUCAGCUUUCGCCUAUUUAUAGAUCUCUUACCAAAUCCGAUUCCGUCCAUCUCCUUCUCCUCUUCUCUUCUCAUGUCGAUCGACCUAGCCAUGGCGGCGGCUCCUCCUCUCCGAGGGCCGCAGGCACGCAACGCCCUCCCCAACUCUCCUCUCAACCCCCUCGCUGCCCGCCACCACCACGCAGCCGUCCACAUCAGCAACGUAGCCACCGCUCCCAUGCCCACCACCACGCUAUCCACCGCCUCGCACCUGGCUAACUUGGAGCGCCUCCUCGAGAAGCAGAAUCAGGAGUUUCCUGAUCCGCCGGUACCAGCGCCGGUGAAGAUUGACCACGACGGCGACCACGACGCCCCUUCGUCGUCACGGUCCAACCGCCUACUUCAGGCUCUCAAUCUCACCUCUGCCAUCUUCCCUGCCGGCAGGUUCUCCAACAAACCCGCCGGAGCCGAGGAGAUGUCGCCUCGGAGUCUCACACGCCUCCGCCGCCUGCUCUCCAACUCCAACCGUGCCUCCCCGCGCGGCAGCAUCGCCGGCGGCUGGCGCCGCUUCCACGGAGCCGGAGACUGGGAGGGCCUCCUAGAGCCCCUCAACGACGACCUUCGCCGCGAGCUCGUCCGCCAUGGUGAGUUCGUGCAGGCUACCUACCACGCUUUCCACUCCACCAGCGCCCGGCCGGGGCGCCCCCGCCACGUCCUCCUCCCCGACCGGUCCUACCGUGUCACGCGCAACCUCUUCGCCACCGCCUCCAUCGAGCUUCCGCCGUGGGUCGAUACGGUGGCGCCCUGGGUCAUGGCCGCGCACCCUACCAGCUGGAUCGGCUACGUCGCCGUCUGCGAGAACGAGCGCGAGAUCCGUCGGAUGGGCCGCCGCGACAUAGUCAUCGCCCUCCGCGGCACCUCCACCUGCCUCGAGUGGGCGGAGAACUUCCGCACCGAGCUCGUCCCCCUCGACGAGGAAGAGGCGGAAACAGACGAACAGGGACCCUCGACGUCGGUGCCGAAGGUGGAAUGCGGGUUCCGGAGCCUAUACAAGACGCCGGGAUUGGGAGACACGCCGAGCCUAUCGGCGGCGGUGGUGGAGGAGGUUAAGAAACUAAGGAAGGAGUACUCAGGGGAGGAGCUGAGCAUCACGGUGGUGGGGCACAGCCUGGGGGCGGCGCUGGCGGUGCUAGUAGCGGACGAGGUGGCGACGCUAGUACCGCCAGAGCAAGCCGCGACGGCAGUGUUCACCUUUGGGGGGCCGCGGGUGGGGAACCGGGCGUUUGCGGAGCGGGUGGAGAAGCGAGGGGUGAAGGUGCUGCGGGUGGUGAACGCCCACGACCUGGUGCCGUGCGUGCCGGCGGCGCCGCUGCGGAAGCGCGACGAAGGGUACGCCCAUGUGGGGCGGGAACUGGUGGUGGAUAACCGGAGCUCCCCGUACCUGCGGCCGGACGCUGACCCGGCAUGCUGCCACGACCUGGAGGCCUACCUCCACCUCGUCGACGGCUUCACAGCUGCCGGCCGACCUUUCCGUGAGGACGCCAAGCGGAGCCUCGCUCGCCUCCUCAGUCAGCAGGGCGCCAACAUCAAGAAGCUGUACCUAAGCCAGGCGCAGGAGCUCCGGCUAAAGCAAGCCGCCGAAAGCUUCGGCCGAUGCAACUCCGGCCAACUCGCAAGCCCUUCCUCCACAUUCUAGUUCCCGCCGGAGAUCAAAGGAGGCAAUUUUUUUAGUCAUGUUCUGUGCAUAAGAAAGCACCCUCAUUUUGUAAAGAUGUAAACUUCUUCCCAAGAACUGAGAUAUGGAUGUCUUUAGAAUUUCAUACCUCAUCAAAUGUUUCAAGAACAAGAAUCAGAAUUCAAUACAACAGUAGAAGUUCA